GGUCGGGAGAGCGAGAUGCGUCGAGAGAAAGCACAGGUUGUGGAGCGACUUUGAGGUGCACCGCUUGCAAAUUAAGAUCCAUGUCUUUUCUUACAUGUGGCAAUUAUGUCGGAAAACUGGCACAACCCGUGUUGAGGUAGAACCUAAAUAUAUGCUAUUUAUUUCAACCUAGUUUAUUUUUUUUUAAUUUGUUGUUUUUGCCAGAGGUGUUGUCUGUUACGCGAGGAUUUCGUUUUUAGUGCUACCUGGAUUUAAUUUUGCCAAUAUGCCUCUUCGGAUUAUGAUUUACACACACAAGGCUUAUGGAAUAUAGCCUGAUUUGUCACAAUCUGUAUGCGAUUUCCUUCAGCCCAGUGAAAAAGAAACUCUUGCUGCUCUGCAUCAUGCUUUUGCUGUGGGUAUAUAUGUUGUAUUCCUGCGUGGGCUACUGUUCCACUAUGCCAAGUUUGAUGGUGGACUCUUACCGGGGGAAGGACAUUCAGACCGCCGCCAAAAGGACAGACAGCGGGGGGACAGAUCUCAUGUCCAGACUGCUCCCUAGAACCCAGAGCUGGGUGGACUUGGAAACGGACUACGAUGAACCUCCGGUCAGGACCGCUUCCAGAGACUUGCUGAAUAACGAGAUCGAAGUGGACAGAACUGACGACUGGGAAGAGAUGAGAAGCGAGCAGAGGUCUCUGGAGCCCAGCGCCCUGUCGAGUUUCUCGAACGGGUCGGGCACCAAGAAGCUGCCCCAGGCGAUCAUCAUCGGGGUGAAGAAGGGAGGCACCCGCGCCCUCCUCGAGUUUCUCCGGGUGCACCCCGACAUCAGAGCUGUGGGAGCGGAGCCGCACUUCUUCGACAGGAACUAUGACAACGGGCUGGACUGGUACAGAGACCUGAUGCCUAAGACCCUGGAGGGCCAGAUCACCAUGGAGAAGACCCCCAGCUACUUUGUGACCCGGGAGGCUCCGGCUCGGAUCUGCGCAAUGUCCCGGGACACCAAGCUGAUCGUGGUGGUGCGGGACCCCGUCACCAGGGCCAUCUCCGACUACACCCAGACUUUAUCCAAGAAGCCCGACAUUCCCACCUUCGAGAGCCUGACCUUUAAAAACAGGACUACGGGUCUGAUUGACACCUCCUGGAGUGCCAUCCAGAUUGGCAUCUAUGCCAAGCACCUGGAGAACUGGCUGCAGUACUUCCCCAUGGGCCAGAUCCUCUUCGUGAGCGGGGAGCGGCUGAUCAGUGACCCGGCCGGAGAGCUGGGCCGAGUCCAGGACUUCCUGGGCCUCAAGAGGAUCAUCACGGACAAACACUUCUACUUCAACCAGACCAAGGGCUUCCCCUGCCUGAAGAAGGCUGAAGGCAGCAGCAAACCCCACUGCCUGGGCAAAACGAAAGGCAGGACCCACCCCAAUAUUGACCCAGAGGUGGUGCAGAGACUUCGGGACUUUUACAGACCCUUCAACAUGAAGUUCUAUCAGAUGACUGGCCAUAACUUUGGAUGGGAUUGAAAACAACAUAUCAUUUCAAUUUGUUUUAUAUUCUGGCAAAAGAUUUGUGGAGAUAUUGCUAUAUAUAUGUAAAAUGUACAGAAAUCUAUUUUAUAAUAAUUUAUUUUUAAUUUCUAAGCAAUUAAUUCACUAAGCUGCCUAACCAUAUUAUAUAUAACAUCCAGCCCACUUUCCAUGUUGCUCCUUGAACAUUCCACAAUAUUUUUCUUUUUCUUCUUUCACAAUCCUGAUAAACUCCUUUGAGUUAACGGUGCUUCCAAGUGCAGAAGAUCUUUAGUGGCUGAAGGAAAAAAAACACACAAAAUCAAAGGAGAAGAAAAGCACAAUGUAUUGUGUUACGGGUAUUCAGCAUUCACAGACAGUGAAAAUCAUUUUUUAAUGCAUUUGCAUUUUUUAUCAUGAUGGUACUUAGUUUUUUGAUGAAAAUUACCCAGAUCUUUUCUUUGCAGUUUUAUACACUCUUAUUUUACCAUUUAAGGAUGUUAUGUUAAUGCUAAAACAAGGUGGUAUAUUUUAAUUGGAUUUGUUCUAGAUGCAUUUGUAGUGUUUGGGUUCUGUUUGGGUAGUACUGUAUGUCAGUCAUUUUUAAUAGCCCGACCCCAAACGAUAGAGAGCACACCUAGCUAAGCCAAAGGGGUCUCAGCUAAUGCAUAAGCUGAUGCAUAAUAUGCGUUUUUAGUUAAUAAGUAGAUCAAUAGACCAAUUGCUACUUAUAGUGAAAUUUCAGUUUAAAGAAUAAUAUUCCCCCUGUGCUGAACUUCAGGGCCUUUUGCAAUCAAACUGUGAUUUAUCAAAGGGUAAAUUGCAUUUUGGUGACAGAGCAGCACAUGCUGGCAUUAUGCUAAUUGUAUAAUGCAACUUAACCAGUUGAUCCAUGCUUUUAGGCUCUUGUCCUAGACACAGCUGAAGCAAGGAAGACCCCCCACCUCCCGUAAACUAGCACCCUUCUAAAAGAACAGAGGGGCACAACUGCGUGUCAGCAAGACACUUGCACAGAGCUGGUAUUCCAGGUCGUGAAUCUGCGAGACUGCAACAUUAGCAUUGCAAUGCAAUUGUUGCAUUGUCUCCCCCCCCCAACUGGAGGGUUAAAAACAGAUAAAUGGAGAAGCAGAUUGCAGUCUCAGGAUCCUAUUGAUCAAACGCCCUCUUGCUCCUGAAAACAUCAUUGGAGCCUUGUGUAUACACUGACUUGGAGGCAGCUUUACAGUCACUGUUGGAUUCAUAUGAGGCCACAUAGUAACGAGUGUCAUGAAAUCAGUGGUGUUUUAUGGGAAAGUGGUUGAAGUGAUAAGUGGAGAAAUUUAGACUUGCAAUCAUAGGUAAUGGAUUUUAAAAAAGAAAUAGCAAGACGAAUAAGGAUAGGGCAAGUGGAUUUUGUCCAGAAGCCUCCACUGCUGAUUCUGCUGAAUUAUUUUAGAGUCGAGUUCAGUUUUAGAGCCAGAACAAUUUACGGUGCAGGCUUUGUGUUGCUUAUCUAUUUUCAGACAUGUAAUGGGGUUUUCUGGUGAAAAGGAUGAUGUGCUUGUUGCCAAAUUCGGAAUAUGUUGGUCUGAAGAACUCGGCUUUCCAGUUACGCAAAGCUUGAAUCGUUCUGCAUUAUGUUUGCCUUUCUACUUGAAUACUGUAUAUGCAAAUGGCAAAAAUAUUUUGUUAUGACACAUUCUGCACGCUUAACCUUUUCCAUUUGGAGCAGCUGCUGCUAAAGAAUUAGUGAAACAACAAUCUGCUUCUGUCAUGUGUGACACUGUUUUGAUAGUAUUUGGGAAAAUAAUUUCACUGCAUUCACUUUGAAAAAAGACAUCAUUUCUAUUGCCCAGAAUGAAUGUAAGUAUCAUUAUUUAGAAAGGACUCUCUGGAUUAUUUCACACUGAGGGACAAGCAUCACUAAAGCACUGGCUGUUUUGUCAUUUUCAAAGGGUAUUUUGUUAUUUUAUGUCUUUCAGUGGACAAAUGUGUGCCUCUUUGUGGUCCAGCAGUAAGUGAUCCCUUACCUUAAGCUAGGAGGCAGCCCAUUUGAGGAAACGAUAAAAUAUUUUCACAGCUGUUUGUAGAUUAACAUAAAACCAGUGGGUAGCAACUAAAAAAAAAACUCUUUAGUGCAAUGGAUUUCCUUGUGUUGGAGAGCAUGGGUAAUUCUCAAGGAAACGGCACAAGGAUUUUGCGGUUUAACAUGCAAAUAAGUGCUUUCACUUUACAAGAAAUUAUUAUGUCGAAGCAUCAUAUUAACACUUUGGAACAGUGGAAUUUCUGAACUCAAGAUUGUGAAUUGCAUUUUGUGUUAAGAGGAAACCUCAUGAGACCUCGGGCUUGUGGGUAAUUUGUUUACUUUGUUGCAUUUAUUUAUGGUUGAGUUUUAUUCAGCCUUUUAGAGUUACAAUGUUAGCGAUCCCUUUUUUCUGUCUUUCCCAUGUAAUAUGGUAUUUAGGAUAGCAAAUCUGUACAUAUAAAAAAUGAAAAAUAAAUGUAAAUCAAGUAUUUUGUGGUAUGUACAUCAAAAAUUAAUUUUACACCGUGGAAAACAAAAAUAAAGGUUUCUAGAGAAUUAAAUACUGAACAUUCAUACUAUUUCUUUGUAUGAUAAAUAAAAUAUAUAUUUUACCAAAACGUUACUGAGAAG